CUCUCCUGAGAAAACAAAGCUGAUCGGAGUAUCUGUCUGUGUGAGAGUGAACAACAGUCCAAAUGGCUCAGCAAGGAGUUCUCCUGGAUCAGGACCAGUUCUGUUGUUCUGUCUGUCUGGAUCUACUGAAGGAGCCAGUCACUACUGCCUGUGGACACAGUUACUGUUGGAGGUGUAUUGAGGACUGCUGGGAUAAGAAUGUUCUGAAAGGGGUCUAUAGCUGUCCCCAGUGCAGACAGACCUUCACUCCAAGACCUACUCUGAGGAAAAAUAACAUGUUGGCUGAGGUAGUUGAGAAACUGAAGAAGACAGUACUCCAGGCUGCUACCCCUCCUACUCUGUGCUACGCUGGACCUGGAGAUGUGGCGUGUGAUUUCUGCACUGGGACCAGAAAGCAGAAAGCCCUCAUGUCCUGUCUGGCGUGUUUGGCCUCUUACUGUGAGACUCACCUCCAACCUCACUAUGAAGUUCCUGCCUUUAAGAAGCACAAAUUGAUUAAAGCCACAGCUCGACUACAGGAGAAGAUCUGCUCUCAUCAUGACAAACUGCUGGAGUUUUACUGUCGUACACAUCAGCAGUGUAUCUGUAUGCUGUGUGUGAUGGAUGUACAUAAAGGCCAUGAUACAGUGUCAGCUGCAGCAGAGAGAACUGAGAAACAGAAGCAACUGGGGAUGAGUCAGCAGAAGGUCCAGCAGAGAGUCCAGAAGAGAGAGAAGGAGUUGAAGGAGCUCCAACAGGCUGUGGAGUCUCUCAAGCACUCUGCACAGGCAGCAGUGGAGGACACUGAGAAGAUCUUUACUCAGCUGAUCCGCUCCAUUGAGAGAAGAUGCUCCGAAGUGAAGGAGCUGAUCAGAGCCCAAGAGAAGGCUCAAGCGAGUCAAGCUGAAGGACUUCUGGAGCAACUGAAGCAGGAGAUAGCUGAGCUGAGGAAGAGAAACGCUGUGUGUGACCAGCUCUCACACACAGAGGACCACAUCCAUUUCCUGCAGAGUUAUCAGUCUCUCUCCAGUCCCAGUGUUUCUUCAGACUUACCCAGCAUCACUGUCCGUCCUCUUCAGUACUUUGGAUAUGUGAGUAAGACUGUGUCUGAGCUGAGAGAGAAACUAGAAUACUUCCUUAAAAGAGAAUGGACCAAGAUCUCAACUACAGUGGAUGUUUUGCCUACAGAGCCCAAGAACAGAGAACAGUUCUUACAAUAUUCCUGUCAGCUCACACUGGACCCAAACACAGCAUGUGAAGAACUCUUUCUGACUGAAGGGAAGAGAAAGGUCACCUUUACAGAUCAAGCCCAAUCAUAUCCUAACCAUCCAGACAGAUUCACCAACUACUACCAGGUUCUGUGUAGAGAGGGUCUGUCUGGAUGCUGUUACUGGGAGGUGGAGUGGAGUGGGCACUGGGUUCAUACAGCAGUCUCAUAUAAAGACAUCAGCAGAACAAGGGCAGGUCAUGCAUUCGGAUCCAAUGACAAGUCCUGGAGUUUAGGGUGCUCUACGGGUGGUUAUCGUUUCAUACACAAUAAUGUUGUGACCAAUGUACCGGGCCCUUGGUCCUCCAGAGUGGGAGUGUACCUGGAUCACAAGGCAGGUACUCUGUCCUUCUACAGCAUCUCUGACACAAUGACCCUCCUCCACAAAGUCCACACCACAUUUCCUCAGCCCCUCUAUCCUGGGUUUCGUCUCUAUGGAGCUAAUGAUACUGCUGAACUGUGUAAACUGUGGUAGGGGCCCACAUAGAUACUAGUCAUGCUGGUGGUGACAGUCCCCAUAUGUGAUGCUUCAUUCGGCUUAGUUCUUUUUCUGCAGUUACUUCAUCGGACUGAUUAGAUCUUCAGAGAUGUAAUUAAUAAAAAUGUAAUGUAUUUAUAUUCUA